AACUUUGACGUUAAUUUUUUUUUUUUUUUUUUUGAAAAGAUCAUUUUUUUCACGUCCCUUCAGCGAGAAAUGGACGGUCCAAUAAUAGUAUUAUCAAGAGCUCAGCAUUAACUGCCCAUUUUUGACAUCAAAUCAAAGUGAAUGAACGGAAUAUGCUUCGGAUAAUUAUCUACAAAUUCAUUUCCUUACUCGCUUCAAAUUCUUUAACCUUCUCCUACUCCUCCUCUUCUACAUAAAAAAAAAAAGAAAGUAAUUCCACUCUUUAAGAAUUUUUUCUGGAACGAUAUCCAAAAAUUCGAGAAUGACAAAGUCCACUAGCAUUGUUGCCACUGUGGCUAUUGUGUCUUUGACGGUCUUUUUGAUGACGGUGACGUUAACGGCAACAGUGCUUCCAAUUUCUCAGCUCUAUGAUACUUCCAACUAUGGUUUUCUUCAAAUUGACAAUGGCUUGGCUCGAACUCCUCAGAUGGGAUGGAGUAGCUGGAAUUUUUUUGCCUGCAAUAUAAAUGAAAUGGUCAUCAAGGAAACAGCUGAUGCACUCAUCUCAACUAGUUUGGCUAGCCUGGGUUAUAAUUAUGUCAACAUUGACGAUUGUUGGUCCAGAUUGACACGAAAUUCGAAGAGUGAAAUGAUUCCUGACCCAAAAACUUUUCCUUCUGGAAUUAAAGCUCUAGCUGAUUAUGUACACUCAAAGGGACUUAAACUUGGUGUCUAUUCUGAUGCCGGGGUUCUUACAUGUCAAGUUCGGCCAGGUUCACUGUUUCAUGAAAACAAUGAUGCAGAACUUUGGGCAUCUUGGGGUGUUGACUAUUUGAAGUACGACAACUGCUUCAAUCUAGGCCUCCCACCACAAAAAAGAUACCCACCCAUGCGUGAUGCCCUUAAUGCUACUGGACGAACUAUAUUUUACGCACUUUGUGAAUGGGGCGUUGAGGACCCUGCCUUAUGGGCAGGAAAAAUUGGAAACAGUUGGCGUACAACAGAUGACAUUAAUGAUACAUGGACAAGCAUGACAACCAUUGCUGAUAUCAAUAACAAGUGGGCUUCCUAUGCUGGACCCGGUGGUUGGAAUGAUCCUGAUAUGUUAGAAGUUGGGAAUGGGGGCAUGAAUUACCACGAGUACAAAGGGCACUUAAGCAUCUGGGCUCUAAUGAAGGCUCCGCUUAUAAUUGGUUGUGAUGUCAGAAACAUCACUGCUGAAACUUUAGAGAUUCUUUCCAAUAAAGAGGUUAUCGCUGUUGACCAAGAUCCACUUGGCGUUCAGGGUAGGAGAGUUUACGCUUCCGGACCAGAUGGUUGCCAGCAGGUCUGGGCCGGUCCAUUGUCUGGAAAUCGUUUGGCUAUGGUACUCUGGAACAGAUGUUCAAAAGCUGCAACUAUUACUGCUAAAUGGGGUGCCAUUGGACUACAACCCUCUAUUAGCGUCUCUGUGAGAGACUUGUGGAAGCAUGAAGUUGUUUCAGAGAACACGGUGGGCUCAUUUAGUGCCCGAGUUGAUGCUCAUGGCUGUGAAAUGUACAUUUUAACUCCAUGGAGAACAACUCGAUCUUCUGUAUGAUUGAAGCGUAAAAGGAGUUAACGGCUCGUACAACCUUAAUGUAUGCUUCACUGUUGUCUUUAUAAUGUAUAUUUGUGCCCUUUGUUCUUUUCAUAGUCUAAAUAUAUUAUUAGUUCCGUUUGAAAUGCUUUGUAAAAUGCUUUCCAUAUGAAUAAAACUUGUUAUGUUACUCAAAGUACUUCUGGAAAUGGAUUUCUUCUUCUGCUA